CACCUAUAAUAUGUCAUUCAUCGUGGUACGAAUCAUUAAAAAAUCGUAAAAAGCUUUAAUUAUGGCUGUAAUGAAACGGUGUCAUCUAUUCAUAAACACACAUUUGCGGACUUAACGCAAUGUCAUGUCAUUAAACUGCCAAUUAUUGUCACUCUUAUUGAAUUUAUUUUUGGUAAUGCAACUUCAAAAUUAUAAGUGAUUUCCACAAAAUAAUGGCCGACGCAACAUCUGAAUUUAAAUUAUCCCAAGAUAAGAAACGUGGUUUCUUCAUGCGAGAAAGCACAGUCCUCUCCUCAAUCACCAGAGACAGAGAAGCUACAUCUAAAAUUGAAUCGAACCAUCCAGCGGUAGAAAAAUGGUUUCAAAGUAUGGACACCAAACAAGAAGGAAAAAUUUCAUCAAAAGAACUCCAACAAGCCUUCGAAACCUUCCAAGGCAAACACUUUUCAGAUUCAGCUUGCAAGUUUGUAGUAAGAAUUUUCGAUCUAGACAGAAACGGUGGCAUAGAUAUUAAAGAAUUCGAAACGUUGUAUUAUUACAUCAAAAUUUGGCUGAAAGCAUUCAAUAAUUUCGACAAAGAAGGUAAAGGAUUCUUGAACGAAUCUGAGUUGGAUUAUUGUUUGAGGCAGUUAGAUAUACAUUUUUCGCCCGAAUUUAUUAGGUUUUUGAUCACCAGGAACAAUCCUGUAGCUAAAAUGAUGUCACUUGAUCAGUUUAUCAUUACUUGUAUUCAAAUUCAAAGGUUUACUGACGAGUUCAAGAGUAGAGAUCCUGAGUACACUGGGAACAUAAAUAUUAAGUAUGAGGACUUUUUGGAGUUGAUUUUAAGGUGUUUUUAAUGACCCUUUAUGUUGGAAUAAAAAUGAGGUAGAUAUGUAUUUGCGUGUUUUUGGGAAAUAGUGCACACUAUAUUUUUG